AUGAAUGGUGCAGAGCCAGGAAUAAUGCCACCACCGGCACAAGCCGAUUACGAUUGGACACCCAUCAUCAGUGAAGAUCAGUUUCUGGCAAGUGUCACCGGCCAGAGUCAGGAGGAUGCAGUGCGUUAUGAACUGGCGGAUCCCCUGGGCAGCACACUGGCCCCAAUGCUCUACAAUGUUGGUCAGCAGGUGCUCUUCAAUACCAGCUUUAUACCACACAGCUACAUGAACAGCCACCAUGAAGUGAAUAAUAACCAGACUGAUCUCUACCCGGAAUAUGAUAUGGAAAAUCGGAGCUGGACAAAUACGUGUGAAGAGGUAUACAAUCCGCAGCUGGAGAAUAAUCUCAUCGAGUUUUGGGUAUGCGGCGUCAUACUGAACAUAGUUGGCGUCCUCGGCAUACUGGGCAAUGUGAUAUCCAUGAUUAUACUCUCCCGCCCACAGAUGAGAUCGAGUAUUAACUAUUUGCUCACGGGAUUGGCACGCUGCGACACGAUGUUGAUUAUUAGCUCCAUGCUGCUGUUUGGCAUACCCUCGAUAUAUCCGUAUACGGGCACAUUUUUCGGCUAUUACAACUAUGUGUAUCCGUUCAUCUCACCGGCAAUGUUCCCCAUCGGCAUGAUUGCCCAGACGGCGAGCAUUUACAUGACCUUCACGGUGACCCUGGAGCGUUAUGUGGCCGUCUGUCAUCCGCUGCGAGCACGUGCUCUCUGCACCUAUGGACGGGCCAAGAUCUAUUUUAUCGUCUGCGUCUGCUUUGCAUUGGCCUACAAUAUGCCACGAUUUUGGGAGGUGGUCACGGUGACGUAUCAACCGACGAACACAACAGUUGUGCUGCAUUGUGUGCGUCCAUCGCCAAUGAGAAUAAAUCCAACCUACGUGAAUAUCUAUAUACACUGGUGCUAUCUGAUUGUUAACUAUAUAAUACCCUUCCUCACGCUGGCCAUACUCAAUUGCCUGAUCUACAGGCAGGUGAAGCGUGCGAAUCGAGAGCGUCAACGCUUGUCGAGAUCGGAGAAGCGUGAAAUUGGAUUGGCAACGAUGCUGUUGUGUGUGGUUGUGGUAUUCUUUAUGUUGAACUUUCUGCCGUUGGUGUUGAACAUCUCGGAGGCAUUCUACAGUGUGAUCGAUCCCAAGGUGACCAAGGUGUCCAAUCUUCUCAUCACGAUCAACAGCAGCGUUAAUUUUCUCAUUUACAUCAUCUUUGGCGAAAAGUUCAAGCGCAUUUUUUUACUCAUUUUUUUCAAGCGACGCCUGAGUCGUGACCAGCCGGAUCUUAUACACUACGAGAGUUCCAUAUCGAACAACGGCGAUGGCACCAUGAACCAUCGAUCGUCCGGCCGCUUCUCACGGCACGGCACCCAGCGGAGCACCACGGCAACCUAUCUGGUUACCACGGCCGGAGGCGGCAACAGCUCACUGAACAGUGUACGGCUCACUCAAGUCUCCGGCUCGCCAGGCCUGAUCAAGAUCAAACGGAAUCGUGCUCCAUCCCCCGGUCCGGUCGUCUACUAUCCGGGUCCCCGUGAAUUGCAACGUUCCGUCUCGACCACGAACUCGACAACCAACAAUAACACCGCACUCGGCUUGGACUGGACCGUCGAUGGCAAGAAACUCGGUCACGUCUCGUCAGGCUUUUAAGGCAACAGUGUACAUAAGCUCCACAUA